UUUCGCGGCGGUGCCUGCAACUUCAUAAAUUUUGCUAAACUUUUCAAAUAGAAAAUAACGUUAUUUUGUGGUGUAAAAGUCCGCGGUGGAGAUAAAAAAUAUCGGUCUGAUAUCAGCAGAAUUGACUCAGCGGCAUUCGUCACUCAACAUCAGCUUAAACAACAAUGGCGGCGAGAACCAGCAUAAUCGAUGAAAGUGCCGACGAUGGAGUUCCGGCCGAUUUUUGGAACGAAGUGCUCGACAGCUUCGAGGUCAUGGAUGAAUGGGCCGAAGGAAGCGAAGGGGCAAAAAAGGCGGCCGAAGAACGAGCCCGGAAGAAGAAGGAGGACGAACUGGAGAAGGUAAGAAAGUUCAACGAAGCUUGGAAUAUUACUCCAGCCGCUGAAGAGGAAGUUGCGCGUAUAGUGGUGGAAAAAGUGGCCGAACCGGAACCUGCGCCGGUCGUAGAAUCCACAACCGCAGCGAUACCAGAGGAGGAAGCAGAAACGAAAUCGCCCGAUUGUUCGAUAAUUCAGGAGGAGAGAGAGGUGAUUACAGUGGAGGAAGAUACCAUUCCGGUUGCUGAGAAUUCCGUGGUGGUAAUCCCAGCGGAAGGUCAACCGAAGGACCCAAGAUUGAAGCGUCUUGGGGAGUCUUCUCAUCGUGUGCAGAGCCCGUCAAGUCCCACACAGGAAGGAAGAAGCAGUAUGGCUGAGCGAGAGCUGGCUCCUUCACAGAGGUACUUUCAAGCGGAUAGAGGUCGGGAGCGUGAAGAACAAAUUCGUAAGGAUCGCGAGGACUUUGAGCGGGCUCGCAGUCGAUUGAGAUCUCGUAGUCCUGGGGUUCAUACAAGGCGGUCCUUGUCGGACGAUGAGGACGACAUUGGCCGACGUGUUCCCCGCAGGCAUGAACGCAGCAGGUCCAGGUAUCGUUCGAGAAGCCCCGAGCGCUCCAGCAGACGUUCCAGAAGUCCCCGGAGAGCGAGGAGUUCUCGACGAUCGAGAUCACGCAGCCGCGACCGCGUCCGUAGUCGUCGUUCGACGCGAUCCAGAUCGAGAUCCCGUUCCCGACCUCACCGUGAUCUAACCGAAGAGUUGAGAGACAGACUCAUGCAACCGGGUGGCAGCGACAGUUCCUCAGCAAUGAUGACCCAGAUGUCGUCGAUGAUGCAACUCAUGAUGGAUCCCAAGAUGAUGCAAAUGAAUCCCAUGAUGGCGAUGAUGAUGCAGAUGAACCCGAUGAACCCGAUGAUGGCCGCGGCUGCUGCUGCUGCCGCACAGAAGACGGCAGAAGUGGCCAAAGAAAUGCCGACUGCCGAUCAGCAGGAUAGGAAGGAUGACAUCACCGCACAACUGUUUUUGGACAACAAAAUCAAUUUAUCCGAUUUCCUUGCGACGAAAGGUUCAACCGAUGGCAAAAAGUCAACUCGUGUCAAUCCGAAAGUGAUCCUACGCAUAAAGGAAGCCAUCUCUAUUCUGGACAAACAGGAAACGAAACUUCAAUCGGCAAAGUUUUUGUAUGUCGCCCCAACCUAUCAUACUGACCUUAAGAAGCUUGAUAAUCGUUCACCUUUGAUUUGGAACGAUCAGAAUGUUUUGUACUCAUCCACCAGUAAAUCAAAGGAUGUUGGCCUAUGCGAACCAUUCCGUAAUAUCAACCAUAAGAUGAAGCAAAUGAUCGAACGUCUUGGUCUGGACGAGGGCAACAUUUCCCAGAGAAUUGCCUAUCAAAAGAAGGAAAAAACCUCAACUGAAUCCAGUGUAGACGUAGGAACUAUUCAAGCCAUUACCAUUGUUCCAGUGAGGGGUGGUGCCGCUUCCAAACGAAUUAUUGACCGAUCUAUACAAACCGAAGACUUGAACUGCUUGGACUGCGUACAGCGCCGCAGCAAGACGUACGUUUCCAUCAAUACACAAACGGUAAGCCGUGCCCGUACGAUCGAAGUUAGUGUCCAGACUGAUCGUGACCGUGACGUCGAACUGCACUCCAUGAACGAGCUGAACGCCAACCAGGUAAAGAUCCUGAACGAGAUUAUGCGUUACAUGAAGAAACGACAGGUCUCCGGUACGAUGACGAAUCUGAUGCACAACCUAGAACGGGAUGUUCCGGAACUUCGAAACCAGAAUUUGAACGCGGGCUUGCACUACGUUUCAGAAAUUCUUGAACGCAGUGAGAGAAACGCCAACCGCUAUGCCGGACCGAAUCCAAUGAAUCCGAUGGCUCGGGAAAUGGCCGCUUCCCGAAAUAGUGGUGCAGGUAGCGCCCGGGAUUCUCGAGGAAGAAGUUCCUUCAACGACGAACACCGGGGUGUCAAUUUCGAAGAGAUCAACCAGCUGACUGCGAUAGUUCCGGCCGGGUUCCGCCCUUCACCGCCGCGCAGAACCAACAAUAACAGCGGCGGAUUCAACAAAAGGCGCGCAUGGUAAGAAGACAGCAGGUAAACUUUCAAGCUGAUAUGUUUUCAAAUUCCCUAUCUGCAUUAUCUAUCCAGUGUGCAGAUGUUACUUUUACAAUCAAUAUAAGUGUAGUACG